AUGGCGUGGAGUCUUCGGCGUCAUUACUGUGGUCUCACUUUGUUGUUGAUUGAGGUCACAGUUGACGAUGCGGGUGUGAAAAGGGAAAAUCACGGCUACGUAAGCCAGGGAGCUUCGGUUUCCAGACCUAGUGCCGAACGUGAGAACAACCAGCAACUGGGAGUAGCCGGUGAGAGACCAGUUCAUCGCAUCUCCGAUGCGGGGGAGAAGGGAGGGUCUCUACUUUCUUUUCCUUCGGGAGGGAGGGCGAGGGCAUCUCCGACGACGAUGAGUCGCCGACUGCUGUGUUCAAUUAGUGUCAACCGACGACGGGAGGUGUUGGUGGUGCUGCGCGUGGUUUUAGUCUGCCGAUUUGUGGUUUUCAUGGAGUUUGUAUCGGUGGACUUAGGGCCUAAAGAUUACUCUACUGUCUCACCUGGGAUUUGGGGUAACUUUACCAAGGUCAUCAACGUUCAAGGUGAUGCUAUCGUUGCGUACGAGAGAUCGCGAGCUGCAACGUCUGCCAUAAGUUGGUUCAGCAACACGGAGUUCAUGAUGGCCGAGAUCAAGAACGACUCCCAGCCGCUGAGUUUUGAAAUCCCCCCUCCAUCGAUUUCCGCUUCCUUUCGAGGUGCAACUGAAAUUGAAGAUGACUCAGUUUUGCCGCGAGAUAGCGAGGGAGAGAACGUUGAAGGACCUGGAGGGGGAGAUUAUGAAGGAGGUGGAGGUGGUGGAAGUUAUCCAGGCGCAGCGGGAGGUCGAGGGCGGGGUCAUGCAGAAGCCAAGCCAUGGCAACAAGAAGGAGAUUGGCCUUGCCCAAAUCCAAGCUGUUCCAACAUCAAUUUUUCAUUUCGGGGCAUUUGCAAUCGCUGCAGUACUGCUCGUCCAGCAGGAAAUAUGGCAGCUUUUGGAGGAGGUCCGGGGGGUGGUCGAGGACGAGGUCGAGGUCCUGGUGACGCUGGGAGAGGAAGAGGAUCCGGUGGUCCACCAAGUCUUUUUGGUCCAAGUGAUUGGAAUUGUCCAAUGUGUGGCAACAUAAAUUGGGCAAAGCGCACAAAAUGUAACAUCUGCAACACUGCCAAACCUGGUUUCAAUGAAGGCGGUGCCAGAGAGGGCCGUGCAGGAGGAUACAAAGAAUUUGAUGAGGCUGAGAUUGAGGAAACAAAACGCAGGCGACGGGAGAUGGAAGAGGACGACGGAGAGAUGUACGAUGAAUUUGGCAAUCUUAAGAAGAAGUUUCGCUCGAAGGCCAAAGUAGGUGACUCGCAGGUUGGAUCAGGUUUGACAACUGGUGGGAUGGGUAAGGCUGGUUGGGACAUGGAAGAAUUAGGCGUGGUGGAGGUCUCGAGGGAGAGGAGCAAAGACCGCAAUAGUUCCUGGUCCGACCGUGAUCUAUCUGAUCGGGGAGGAAGGGAUUAUAAUCAGAACGUCGAGAGUGGUCGAAGUAGAUCACGAAGCCGUGAAGUUGGAAGAGGGUCAGCGCGCGGGCGUGCUGUGGAUGAGUGGGAUACUAGAGAGAGAGACAGACCUUCGGAUCGGUUUCGGGGUGAACUAGCUAUUAAGGAUCAUGACAGAUCAUAUCAUGAGUCAGGGAAGGACAAGUUUGGCGAGGAGCUGCGUGGCCGAAAGCGAUUAAGAGAGCGUGAUAGGUUCUUAGAUUAACUUUCAUGGGUAUGAUAAUAGUACAAUUGGUGAGUCCAUUCUGCCCAUCCAUGACGCUAACUGAGGACUGAUCUGGAGAGACUAUGUUCAUGAAGAAACUGGCUCAUAUUUCACACCGAAUAAGCUUUUGCUUACUGAAGUUUGGAACAACUGGAAGUGCCGAAUCAGAUUUUUGGGUGAACAGGGAGUUACGUAUUUUAAAGCCUAGUGAUAACUACGAAUCAAGUUUUUGUAGAAGCAACCACUAUGGCCAUCAGUCUGGAAAAUAUCCCUGAAAUCACUGGAAUGCAGCCAACUGAUUAGCCAAUUUUGAAUAGCUGUUGAGAUCUGCACAAUUUAAGAGGAAAUCCAACAUUUCUCAACCUGUGGCGAGGUUCCUGACUACUUUUCUACAGUGAUUAUGAUCGAUUCUAAUUAUGCGCAUCCCGGUCGACUGAGUCAAUGGAACAGUUACAGCUUGAAGCUCUGGAAACAGUGACCCAAAAGUUCGUGAGACGAUGUAAGACGUGUAAGACGUGUAAGAGGAUGUUCUUUAGCCAGAAAAAGAGAAUUACAUUCUGUUCGUGACGGUCUUCAUGAGGAUAUUAAUACAACCCAUUGGCUGUGUACAUGUGAGCUUGGUGUUAGGGUGUGUUCUAAAAAAUAUAUCUUUCUAUACUGUAUUCUACCGUGCAAACCACAUCCCUGUUUCUACAUGUUCAUGCUUUUAGUGCUUAUGGUAUGCAUUAAAAAGCUUUUUGCUGCAAUGGGGAUGUUGAUAGUAUAUAAUACUUCUAUGUUUAGUAUCUGGAGUUCCGUUAAUUUGAAUAAAAAUGCGAGUGUUUCAAUGUA